AUGUUGCCUCCGUCCCUCAUCCGCACAGUCGCGGCACAAGAACUCAAAUGGCUCAAGCAGCACGCUCGCAACGAUGCCCUCGCCCUCAACGACCUCGUUCGCCGCAGAGCCAACGGAGAACCGCUUCAGUAUAUUCUCGGAACUCAGCCUUUUGGCCCGCUCAAUCUCCUUGUUCGUCCUCCAGUUCUCAUCCCCCGCCCGGAGACAGAACACUGGGCAAUACACUUAUCGAGCCUUAUUUCCCCCACACUCAAACGCCCCCUUUCCCUGCUCGACCUGGGCACUGGCUCAGGGUGCAUUCCGCUCUUGCUGUGUCACGACUGGCCCAAAGGCUCUCUUCGCGCUCACGGCAUCGACAUCUCACCUGACGCAGUGCGCCUGGCUUCCGACAACGCUCUCAGAUGUGGCACCCCUACCCCCACAGAUCCAGAGGCUCAUGACGCCAAUACAUUCCAAGCUGUGCUCGCGAGCUAUUUGACUUCGGCUUUCUUGGAUGUGAUCGAACCCCCUUUUGAUAUCAUCACUUCAAAUCCCCCUUACAUUCCGCUGCAUGAGUAUCAAACCCUCCCAGACUCAGUCAAAAAGUAUGAAGACCGGGGGGCUCUAUUCGGGGGCCGAGACGGGCUAGACUUCUACCGCGCCAUCGCCCGUCUAGUAUCGCACAAGGGAGUCCUUUCUGAUGAUGGUCUUGUGGUUCUCGAAGUUGGGCAUGAUCAGGCAGACGCCGUUUCCCGAAUCUUAGUCGAUACCGGAAAUGCAUUCAAGAUCGACAUCUGGCUGGACCCGUGGGGCAAGCGACGGACUGUUGUUGCGCGAAAGGAGGCCAAUUGA